AUGGACAUUGCUCCCGACGUGUCUCCAGUCCCUCAGGCCGGGUCAUCGAUGGACGACUGGUGUUCUGCCUUCCAUGCCCACGUCACAGAAGUAUGCAAGCAACAACUGCGUCGCCGUGCGCUGCUUGCCUUGGCGCUGAUUUCCGAGCCAUUGGAGAGGCAGUGGAACGAGGUUUUCCUCGACAUUGCCUGGGCCGCAUGGGUGGAUGUCGUGCGAAGUGCGAAACGUGCAUACCAGCUGCCCAAGGCACAACGGAUGUACGAAAAAGUCUUGGACGAAGCGCACGAGGCCAUGGGCGUGAGCCGCCUCUCUGUUUGGAGGAGCGGCUGCGCUUUUUCUUCGAGCUUCUCGGAGGAAGCCCUGGCGCUGCUGCUGCGAAGAGCAGCUCGGUCAGAAAGAGGUCUCCUGCAGUUCUUGGCCCUUAAGUCGGCCAUGUUCUCCCGGAUGCUGCGCAGCUCCCUGAGCUCCUCGCACGCCUUGCGGAGUAGCUUGCGGCUGAGCCGCGGCUUCGCCGCGAAGCCGCGAUGCGUCAUGCUGAACGCAGCCCGCCUGGACUUCGAUGGCCGCAUGGAUUGGAAGAAGGUCACGGAGGUGGCCGAGCUCACCAGCCACGACAUCUCCGCGACCGAGGAGAUCGUGCCGCGCGCGCAGGGCAUGGACAUCGUGAUGAACAAGGAGUUUCCCAUCCCAGGUGAUAUCAUCAGAGCUUUACCACCCUCCGUGAAGCUUAUUGCAGAGGCAGGCACCGGCUACAACAACAUUGACCUGGACGCCUGCCGCGAGAAGGGCAUCGCCAUUUGCAACGUGCCCGAAUACACCACCGAGGCCAUGGGAGACUACGCCAUCACGCUGGUCAUGGCCUUGUCUUGCAGUCUGGCUGCGCAGAUGAAGGCCCUAGCGAAAGGCGACCGGCGCUAUAUGCAGCAGUGCCACCUGGGACACUUGGACCAUUUCGAGAUCCGAGGGAAGACCUAUGGCAUUAUCGGAGGCUUGGGCUACAUCGCCUCCAACAUCUCCAAGAAGGCACUGAAUCUUGGAAUGAGAGUCAUCGUCUCGGAUAUGCCAUCCACGCCCUUAGGCAUGCGUGACACCGGCGUGGAGGUGGUGACUUUCGAUGACCUCUUGAAGCAGUCGGAUUUCAUAAGUCCCAUGGUGCCGCUCAACAAGCACACCAAGGGCCUGCUAAAUGCCGAAUGCUUCGACAAGAUGAAGCCAAGCGCUUACGUCAUCAACACAGCGCGUGGCCCCAUCGUGGACCAAGAAGCCAUCAUCGACGCCUUGCGCAAGAAGAAGAUCGCGGGCGCCGCCUUGGAUGUCUUUGGCGAGGGCUCCGCCCCCCCGCCACCGCUCCCAGAGAACAGCCCCCUCUAUGAUGUCUUCGACGAGUUCGAGAAUGUGAUCCUCACACCACACAUCGGCUGGCAGCGCGUGGAGGCGCGGCAACGGGUGGUGGAUGGCUGCGGUGACAACAUUGCCAAAUUCACGCGCGGAGAAGCCAUGAACAUUGACAUGGAUGUUGAUCUCCUGAUGAGCAUCCUGCCACGCGGCCCGAAUGGGCAGGUCUCGUUGCAGGGCCUCGUGUCCUGGAUUUUCUCGCCAAGCUCGGAGAAGGAAGCGGCAACAAGCUUGCAAGAGUGGCAGGACGAAUGGAAGGUGCUUCGGCAACAGAAGCAUGAGCACCUGGCCCGCUGCCGCGCUUUGCUUGUGUUGUCGUUGAUUGCUGAACCCUUCAAGCACUGUUGGCGGGAAGUUUUCCUGGACCUCGCCUGGUGGGCCUGGAGCUCGAUUGUGCUGGAGGCGAGGCGCCUCAAAUCCUUGCCAGAACGGCAGGCCGAGUUCGAGCGGGAAGCCGAGCGGCUGUCUGCCGAUCCCGGCAAUCGAGUUGCACUCGAGGACAUCGCCACGGCAGCGACUCAGAACUUGAACUUGAGGGACCAGCCGGCACAGGAGAAUGCUCAAAGGCAAGGCGCAGACGCACUGGAUAUCCCACCUGGAUUUGACAGGGACCGACUGGUGGAAGUUUUGAAGAUGAAAGAGCAAGCCAAUGAGAAGUACAGGACCGGCGACUAUUUCAGUGCAAAGUGCCUCUACUCCGGUAGCCUGGAGAUGUUGGAGCGCUGCUGUUUGCACCUCACAAAGUCCGACGAGGUGUGGGAGGGCAUCAAGAACAACAUGGCACUUUGCGACCUGAAGCGGCGUGAGUGGGCCCGUGCUGUGGAGACCACCACGGAAAUCCUCCAGAGAAACUCCAAGAACACCAAGGCCCUGUACCGCCGCGGGGUGGCCCGCAUUGGCCAGGGCAAGCUGCGCGAAGCGCGCGAAGACCUGGAGGCCGUGGUGGAGCUCGAGCCUGAGAAUGCAGAUGCUCGCCAGAAGCUUGCCGAGAUUCUUCGGCAACUGAAGGCCAACCGCACUGCCGAGAAGGACCAAGCAGACAAAAUGCGAGGGUUCCUUCGUGGGGAGCGGUUGGACGACACCGUGCCAAUCACCGAGGAUGGGGGUGUUCGAAAGCUCCACUCGAACGAGAACGCCCCGCUAUUCGCCUCGUGGAUUAAACGGGGCUGGCUUGAAGAGAAGAGUGGCGUGGCCGGCGUUGUGACGGCCCACGUGGUGAUGAAGACUCAAGCCGGCAAGGAGCUCCUGAACACCAGGAAGCCACCCGGGAGUCUGUCUGCCGACCCAGGACCUCAGUUGGCCACCCAGCCAAAAGCAGCCGAGCGACCGGCCGAGCCUGCCCGGUGGGUGAUGGACGACUCGUCGAAGGCAGUCUUUCAGGCCUGGAACAGCGCCGGCAAGACCCUGCAGCUUUUUGAGCUCGGGAAGUUCGAAGUGGCCCGGUCCUCCAUGGGCCCAUCAGUGGAGGCGGCGAUCCGCAGCUGCCUUGACAAGUGGCUGCCAGACACGCCGGAGCAGCGUGAGCUGUACAAGAACAUGGAGGAGCUCAAGCCGACCGCACUGCGCCGCCAGGCGAUUCAGAUCUUAGGCCUCCCGGAGGAGUUCUGCUUGGAAGAGGAGAAGGAGCCAAACAGCACCCUGAUGAUGGAGAUGGAGCUCUUGGAGUCUUCCGAGUUCACCGACCUCGACGGGGAUGGCCGGCGCCUCCUGCAUGUCGCCAAGGAGGGGAAGAGGAGCGCAAGCAGCCCGGUCGUGUCCGAGCUCUCUACGGUGCAGGCGCACUUCCGUGUGGCGAAGCUCCUGAUGAACUACGCCCUGAAGGACACGCGCCUGGGCCUCGCCAAUGGGCCGAAUGGCCUCGUCCUGCGUGCGGAUCGCAUGAAGGAGCCCAUGGAGUUCAUCGUGGGCGAGGAGGCUGCAGCCGCCGAGGGGGACUUCGUGCCUCCCUGCAUCGGCCAGUGCCUGAAGCUCCCGCCAACCGGCGUCACCGAAGGGAUGCAGUUCGAGGUGAUCCUGAGAGAAGGCGUGCCCAUCCGGGACAUGGAGAAGGACAUCCACAGCGCCUACAGCGAUGGGAAGUACACGGGUCUGCCUGACACCAGUGGCCCGGUCUCCAUCCGCAUCGAGGUGGAGAAGGUGACCUUGGCCUGCCAGGGCCCAAGUGACGGCACCUGGCAGGGCUUGGAGAGCAUCCUACAAGAGCGCCGGCGCGCAGAAGCCCUCCAGUCCAUGGAUGAGGGGCGCCACAAGAGCCUGGCCCUGAAAAGGUGGAGGCGGAUCUUGGUGUGGUUUGAGGAGAUCCUGACGUGCCGGCAGUGGAAGACCCAGGAAGGUAAGGCUGGAGACAGCAUGUACGACCUGCAGUGGGACGACGACGGGGCAGAGAAGCAGUUUCCCUUUCAGCCCAAGAAAAGGCUCGAGGAGAAGCUUCCGAGCAUGCUCGAUGUUGAGGAGGUGCUCCUCAAGCAGCUCAAAGCUGAUGAACUUUCCGAGUUCGCCCGGGCUCAUGCGGCCACGGCGUCACUCCUCAGCGGCGAGCUCUCCAGGAAGCACGCGCAGUGUGCGGUGCAGGCUUGUGGGAUCUCCCGUGUCCCUGCCGAUGUGGAGGUCAGGGGCAGGUCCACUCUGGCCUGGCGGCUAUCGGAAGAAGGCAAAUCCGCGGAAGCCUUGUCGGUGCUCAAGGAGGCGCAAGCGCUCGAUCCUUCGAGCACGGAUCUCAAGGACCAAAUCGCGGUCAUCACGCAGAAGGACAACGAGACCAAGUCCGUGUCCACCCUCGAGGCGCUCAAAUCGCUGAAGCAGGACCUCACCGACAGCUUCGAGGCGAAUGAUACCGCCGGCCUGAAGCUGCUUCUCCAGGAGUUGGACUCCCUACCACUGACCUGGGAGGUCGCCUCCGAGACCAAGAUCGGCAAAGAAGUCGGCAUGUGCGCCAAGCACGCGGACGCCGGGGUGGCCGAGCCCGCGAAGUCCAUCAUCGCCCGGCUGCACAAGCUGGCGAAGGCGGAGCGACCGCUGUGGGUCCGGUGA